AUGUGUUGUCCUCAUCAGCCAAUAGCAGAGCACUUCCUGAUCGGACUCCCUGCAGUCUCCGCCCAUUUAUGGCCCCGCCCACCCAGUAAAGAUGAGCAACCAGGAAGAGAGAAGAGGAAGAGCAACGGUGCGGGGUGUGGGGUGAUAUCGGGCACACAUGGAGGUGGGGGACGCCCUGAAGCUGGUGGGCGAGAUGGGCAGGUACCAGGUCUUCCUGUGCUUCCUGCUGGCCGUCAUAUUACAGCUGUAUGUGGCCAUGGAGGUGGUCCUGAUCGCCAUCCUGGGGGUCACCCCUCCAUAUCACUGGGUGGAUGACGACCCCUCCCCGGGACACAACUCCAGCCGGACUCGUGGACACCCGCAGUUUGAGGGGAACUUCACAUCUAUCAGCUCUGAGUGGUCUCUAGUGGACGCUCAGGCCUACAAGGUCCACGCCGCCAGCUCCGUCUACUUCGGGGGGGUCCUCGUCGGAGUCGUCUUGUUCGGACAGUUAUCGGACCGGUUUGGCAGGAAGCGGAUGUACGUGACGGGUCUGGCGCUGGACCUGGUCUUCUCCCUGCUGAACGCCCUGUCGCCCUCUUUCUCCGUCUUCCUCGUCACCCGCUUCCUGGUGGGAGUGUUGAAUGGCGGGAUGUCGCUGGUCGCCUUCGUGCUGCUCAAUGAAUGCAUCGGUGCCACCUACUGGGCGCUCGCGGGCUCUCUCGGCAGUCUGUGUUUUGCGCUGGGCAUCGCGCAGUUCGCACUCCUCGGAUACUUUGUGCGCCGGUGGCGGCUCCUGGCCCUGCUGGUGAAUGUACAGGGACUGGCCAUCCUCCUGCUAUCACUGUGGACCCCGGAGUCCCCGCGCUGGCUGUACUCUCAGGGCCGCCUCCGUGAAGCUCAGGACGCGCUGCUCUUCCUGGGACGCUGGAACCGUCGCCCGCUGAAGCCGUUCUCGCUGACCCCCCAGCAGAAGGACUCCGCCCCGCGGACUAACAUCCUCAGCAUCUGUGGCAGUGCCGUGCUGCGCCGCCGUACGCUGCUCAUGAUGUGGGCGUGGUUUGUCUGCAGCCUGGUGUACUACGGACUGACGCUCAGCACCGGGGACCUGGGGGGCAACGUCUACCUCAACCUGGCGCUCUCCGGCCUCGCCGAGCUCCCCGCGUAUCCAAUCUGCAUCUAUCUCAUCAAUCACCGGAACUUUGGUCGGAGAAGAUCUCUUUGUGGUUUCCUGAGUUUUGCUGGAGCCGCUUGUCUCAUCAUUAUGGCCGUACCGGAGCAGAGAGGUCCGCUGCGCUGGUUGAACAGUCAGUCGCUCUCUCUGGUGGGGAAGCUUUGUAUCAGUGCCGCCUUUAACAUCGUCUACAUUUACACGUCGGAGCUGUAUCCCACCACUGUCAGGAGUCUGGGGAUGGGCGUCUGCUCCAUGUUCUCUCGCUUUGGAGGGAUCAUCGCUCCAUUCAUCCCAGGCCUGCGCUCUGUCCACGCGUCUCUCCCAUACGUGGUGUUCGGUUGCUCAGGGGUGACCUCCGGCCUCCUCUGCCUCCUGUUACCGGAGACGCUGAACUGUCCGCUGCCGGAGACUCUGAGUGAUCUGCAGGUGACCACGUACCGCCGCCUGGAGGAGGAGUCAAGUCUACUGGAGGAGGACGCGCAACAGGGUGCGUCGGAGAGAGUCGCAGAGAUCUCCAGUGAGGAGGAAGAACUUUGAGCGCACGUCUCUGGACCCCUCUGACGGGUCCGUCUGUGCAUCCGCUAGGACGUACCAAAGACUACUGGAAACCCCUGGAUCCACACACCGUGCAGAACAACCUGGGUUCCUGCUCCUCUGGAUCCCCGCACCCUCCUCACCGGACCCAGCAUGGAGGCCAUCAUUUCCCUUCUGUCCCCUCAGAUCGGGGCAGAACCAGGACCUGAUGAGCGGUGCAGGACCUGAUGAGCGGGGCGGGACCUGAUGAGCGGGGCGGGACCUGAUGAGCGGGGCGGGACCUGAUGAGCGGGGCGGGACCUGAUGAGCGGGGCGGGACCUGAUGAGCGGGGCGGGACCUGAUGAGCGGUGCAGGGCACUGCUGUUCCCACACAGGUCAUGUGACUGGACAGUGGCGUUCUCCAUAUAAGGACUGUUACUUUUCUAUUUAUUUUGUGUAAAAUGCUUCAAAGUUUAUAAAUAUAUAAAGCGAUCUUAUAGA